AAAUUAGCCCUCCCAGGAUAAUACUAUUGCAGUCCUUUCCGUUUGGAUAGCACUGGGUACUCAUGCAGAACCUGUCUGGCUGAUUGAUAAAAUCCAUGGCUACAAUAGAUCAAGAGUUAAGAUUGAAAAAAAAAUGAUUAAAGUAAGCCAUUUUGGGUUCUCCCUCUUCAUAUGAAAACACCUAUCUAGUCCCCGCUUUCCUUGCAUUCUUUCAAGAUAUAUUUUUAAAUACCCCAUUGUUUGAUUGUGUGAAGCAGUAGAGAUAUUGUAUAACCCUUCAUUUGUAUUACUUUAGAAAACUUUUCUUUAAAAUCAGAGAGAGAACAGGCGGCAUUUCGCUCAGCAAAAGUUGUAUACAUGUAUUUGUAAACUUUUUUGUCAGAAGUCACCCCCGAUCCCGACGAACUUUUUGGUUAUUUCUUCAGAAUGGACCAAGAGAGGGCGUUCUUUAUGCAAUAGCAUCAGCUAGCUUUUUCUUACACUGUCUUUAGCUUUGCUCGCAACGAGUUGCGGAACUAGUUACAUCGGUACAGGUUGGAAUUGAAGUCGUCGAGGGUAGGCCUAAGUCAUUCAAAUAGUUUUAACGGUUUGCUUCGGGUGGUUGGACAAGCUGGAAACUUAGAGCUCUUCUCUUUUAGAUUUGUAGCACCAUUACCUGAAUAUGGAGGCAUUACGGGCAAUAGGAAGAAGUGGGGGUUGCAUACUGUCAAGAACUCUCAGUGCAUCACUGAAGAGGAGGCAGACUGGUGCCGCUCCGCCGUUGCUCUUACAACAGAAGCGCCGCUUUGCAGAGUCAGGAAACUUUGUCCAGGUUGAACGAGAUAAUGUCCAUGAAGCUAUUGCCAUUGUGAAGAUGAACAAGAAACCAGUGAACAGCAUGAGCAAAGACUUCAUGACGGAGAUGAACAUCACGUUAGAAAAAUUGGAAAACGACACCACCUGCCGUGGAGUUAUUCUCACAUCAGCCAACCCUGGUAUUUUCUCGGCUGGUCUGGACAUCACAGAGAUGUACCAGAGGUCAAGCGACUUCACCAACGCCUUCUGGAGGUCACUACAGGAUUUCUGGAUGAGGCUGUAUGGAUCCAAUUUAGCAACUGUGGCUGCCGUAAACGGCCAUUCUCCUGCUGGUGGGUGUCUGAUGGCAAUGAGUUGUGAUUACAGGAUCAUGGCAGAAGGCAAGUUCACCAUGGGUCUGAAUGAAGUUCUCCUGGGUAUAAUUGCUCCCUUCUGGUUCCAAGAUUUGCUAGUAAGAACCUGUGGCGAGAGACAAGCAGAGAUGGCAUUACAACUAGGCACGCUCUUCAAACCAGAGGAAGCGUUGAAGAUUGGCAUGGUGGAUGAGAUUGUACCACUGGACGAUGUCGUCAGCCAGGCUCGGGAACAACUAAUCAAAUGGCUCAAACUACCAGAUCACGCAAGGGUCAUCACCAAGGGGAUGUGCCGGGGGCCCCUCUUAGAGAAACUACGGGCCAAGCAGGAAGAAGACAUAGCCUACUUCAGUCAAUUCAUCAACAAAGAGGCCAUCCAAAAGUCCCUCGGGAGGUACUUGGAGAGCUUGAAGAAGAAGUAGAUUCGACACAAAGACCUGUCCCCUUGCACUUUUUUGCGACCCUGGAGAAAUUUUAUGACCAAUUCUGUGUCCUGCCUUCAGAAUGAUUGCAUGUCCACAUUGGUGGGAAACAUUUAUAUCUUGAUGACUGUGUGUGAAAAUCGGAUGCACUUUAUUGCUAACCAUUGGUAGCAGUCCUGAUACUUUUUGAAGAAAAUUUUGGCUGUCAGGAUAUUCCAAACUAGAGAAUAAGAACAUCGAAGUCUGCUCUUUUCACAUGCAAUGGCUCACAGAUGUUGCCUUGGUAACCAGCAGACUUUAUUUCUCUUUAUAGACCUUUUUCACCCAUGUGACUGGAUAGCGCUAAAUGUAAACAAUACCACCACGUACCGCCUUGGCCACGGUGAUCCCAUAUGUUCCUACUGGCAGCUUCAAUCACGUACAAGCACACGUGCAAACGCUGCAUGCUUGACCAGUUUAUCUUAAAUAAGUAGAUUACCAUCACAGCAUUGUGUUCUCGUUACUGUCACAACACAUUGCGGUCCAGCACGAUUGUGACAUCACAUGAAACAGGUCCAUAGAACACCUCUUGCUGGUUCUAUAUCUGGAUUGGAUGAGAUAUGGUCACGUGUGGUUCACCGAUAUCGGCUAGUACAUGAACUUUGUAUCAGUGUGAAUUGGACACAUGCCAAGACAUAGCGUUGGUUUGAAUUCCAUUUUGACUGGUUACAGGUGCCUCGCAUGACAAGCGUAGUGAACAGAAACUCAAAAACUGAAUUGCCUGUUGAAUGGACCGAUCCAGCAAGCCCCGCCCACUGCGCACGUGGGUGUUCAGCGCAUGCUCUUCUCGCAAUGCAGCUCUACAUUUUCCAGCUGCGUGCGUAAGCAUAUGUCGGACUUUUUUGCACGCAUGUCGGACAUAAAUCACAGCUGUGAUUGGUCAGAACAUAAUCAGGCAGGGCAUAGCCACUUAACGUCGGAUUUUCUCACCAGAAAAGGCUGCUUGGGACAUUUUGUAACCCCCAUAUUCUUCAACGUUGCAAUUGCCCUUUGACCUAACAAAGCACCACGUGUUAAUAAGUUUGUGGAAAUGAAAAAUUUCUUAAAAGAGUGUGCUCAUUCUCCGUGGAACAAAUAAGGAAAAUUAUGUGUGUUGACACGUCAUCGGGUGUCAAGUGGUUAAUGGAUUGGUCUAUUGAUGAUUAUUUGUAUAAUUGAACUACAACAGUUCAGUUACAAAACCCUGAAAAGUUUCCUACAUCUGUUAUACGUUUGAGACAGAGGUAUGUUAUAAAACAUAAAUGGACUGGACUGGCUUUCAUCCCCGGGAAAUAUAAUCCUCUUCUUGUCUCAUAGUUCCUUGAUGGGUAGACAUGUACUAGUGACCCCUAUUGUCAGGCCACCUGUGAGUACUAGAACACCAGUUUGUUUAUUAGAACAAAACCAACAAAGGGUUGCUUUGUAAAAGAAUCAUUCAGUCAAGAAUAAAUACCACGUAAUUGAAUGCACAUUUGGUAGCCUUGAUAACAGUCAAUUGACAACUUAAUCAUUUAUUUCAUUAAACAGGUUCAACACCUGAGCCCCACUUAAAUGAUUACUCAACUGUUUAAUUCACAAAUAACUUGCAGUUGGUAAAACAAGUGAAGGCCAUUAAUUGGUGCAACUUCCAGCAUCAAUUGUCAGUUUUUAUGUGCCCAGAUAUUUUUUUUUACUUGUUCCAAUUUCUGGCUUUUCACCUUGUCGAGUUUGUCAAUCAUUUCCCGCUUUGCCGUCAACUUUUGGUUGAAAAAUGGUCAUGCAUUUUUAAAAUGUCUUCGUGUUUGCUUGGAUGUCAUUCCUCCUGAUAAGCCCAUUUUAUUCUCUCUGUCUAGUACUUCCAACGGCGAAUCCUCCUUAGAAAUGCCUACUCUGUGAUUAGUUGAACCAUUUUUGACUUUGAAGAUUAACCGAAAGAUUUCUAUUAACAUUUUGAAAAAUUAAUGUUUGUAAAUAGAAAUAUGUUGAGAGAUUCAUAACAACAUUGCAUAAAUCUGCCAGCUUUCACCUUUGUGUGCCACAGAUGGCAUCAAUUAUACACUGUAGUUGGAUAAAGACACAGAAAGCGAUGUAAACGUGAAUAAAAUUUGUUCCAUUUGGUGUGCUCAUUUUGUCAUACUA